AUUCUGAAACUCCACGACACCAUUUCACUGUUUUUUAUACCCAACACAUUUUGUAUUAUGUAAUGAAAGUGAUACAAAUUGUGUAGUUACUAAAUCAUCGGGUUGGCUGCACUGCGCCUGACGUUUUGAGGUUAUGUCCACCAUACAUUUAAAAUUUCCUUUAUUUUACGACAUGAACGACUAAAGAAACACAAAAUGCUUAAAAACUUGUGUCGACACGUUUCUAAGGAUUAUUAUCCCUCUUUGGAGCUGCGACGCUCAAUUACUAAUAAAUCUGACAACAAAUGGACCAGCGUUGUGGGUUUGGAAGUGCACGCCCAAAUCAACACCGUUAGCAAGCUUUUUUCAGGGGCCCCUACGAACUUUUCAUCACCAGUCAACACAAACGUGUCUUUUUUUGACUGCUCCAUUCCCGGAACGCUCCCUGUGCUUAACGAAAAGUGUGUGGAGUAUGGCGUUUUGACAGCUUUGGCCCUCAACUGUCGGGUAAACCCGGUGUCAACGUUUGACCGGAAGCACUAUUUUUAUGCAGAUAUUCCUUCUGGCUAUCAAAUCACGCAACAAAGACACCCUCUAGCCAACGACGGUAAACUCGAAUUCCAAGUUUUCACCCCCGGUUUUCACAAAACCCCCUACAGGACUCAAGUGCGCAUCAAACAACUCCAGCUGGAGCAAGACAGCGGGAAAACCCUGCACGACGUUGACCGAAGUUUGGUCGACUUAAAUCGUGCCGGGGUUCCGCUCAUGGAACUAGUGUUUGAACCAGACUUAAAAGACGGAGAAGAAGCGGCCGCUCUAUUGAAAGAAUUAAUAACCAUUUUACAAAGAAUAGGAACCUGUUCCUGUAAAAUGGAAGAGGGCGCCCUGAGGGUUGACGCGAAUGUCUCUGUUCACAAAAAGGGUGACCCUUUGGGGGUGCGCACCGAAACUAAAAACAUAGGCUCGGUGAGGGGCGUAGCAGGGGCUAUUCGGUACGAAAUUGAUAGGCAAAUUAAAAUUAAGGAAUCUGGGGGCGAAAUUGAAAAUGAAACGAGGGCGUGGGAUGCCGUGAAUAAAACUACGGUUGCUAUGAGGGAUAAGGAGAGGCAGCAGGAUUAUAGGUAUAUGCCAGAGCCGAAUUUGCCCCCUUUGCACCUGGCGAUGGGUCCGGUUGAACAUGGGUGUGUUAAUGUGGACGACUUGAGAAAGUCUUUGCCCGAAUUGCCUGAAGAAACGAGAUCCAGAUUAAGGGAUGAUUUUGGUUUAAAUUUGGAACAGUCAAUUAUUUUAGUUAAUGAAAAGUCGUUUUUGGAGUUGUUUGAAGGGGCUUGUAGAAGUAGGAAACUGCAGGGGAAAUUGCUUGCCAACUUGUUGAUUAAUGAAUAUACAAAUGUGUUACAUAAAAUGGAUUUGGAGCCCUCACAAGUAACUUUUGAUUCUGAGUAUUUUGGAGAAAUUGUAGAACUUGUACAAACGGGUCAAAUCAGUAGGAACAUUGCAAAAUUAGUCUUGGAUGAAAUUAUUCACGGUAAUCACAAAAAUCCACUACAGAUAAUCAAGGAGAAUAAUUGGAUGCAAAUUACCGACGAAAAUGAGUUAAUAAAGCUGUGUCAAAACGUGAUAGAAGAAAAUGAGAAAAUCGUGACACAGUACAAAUCCGGCAAAACCAAAGUUUUCAAAGCCUUACUAGGAUUGGUGGCCACUAAAAGCAAACAAAGAGCAAAUAUGGCCAAAUGCGACCGGAUUUUAAAAGAACUAUUAAGUAAAUAAUUUUUGGUAUGAAUAAAAAAAUACCACUGCAAAA